GCCAUCUCCACGCACGCGCAUUGGAGGCCCGGCUGCGGUUUCGGGAAAGUACGCAUGCGCGGAAGGUUCGGGAAAGUUCCCGAGUGGUAGCCGGUGGUUUCCGGAAGGAAACGAAGUCAGGUCGCCUCUUUGCUGGGUGUCAGCGUGCUGCUGCUGUGUGUCUUAUCAUGUCCGUGCUGUGCUAUAACCGGGGCUGCGGGCAGCGCUACGACGCCGAGACUAACACUGAGGAUUCCUGUACAUAUCACCCCGGUGUUCCCGUGUUUCAUGAUGCUCUGAAGGGCUGGUCGUGCUGUAAGAGGAGGACAACGGAUUUCUCAGACUUCCUCAGCAUUGCGGGUUGUACUAAGGGGCUCCACAAUAAUGAGAAACCUCCAGAACCUGUAAAGCCAGAGGUGAAGGCCACAUCAGAAAAGAAAGAAUUGGCAGAUCUGAAGCCAAAAUUCAGUGAACACAUUAUACAAGCACCAAAGCCCAUAGAAUCCAUUAAGAGGCCCAGCGCAGACGAGCCUCUGUCACGGUUACAGCUGAAGGUAUCUGCGUCUUUGAAGCAAGCACUGGAUAAGCUGAAACUUUCCUCUGACAAUAUUAAGACCGAAACGGAUGAGGACACAGGAGAAACCAAAAUUGGAACUUUCUGUAAAAAUGGCGGCUGCUCAAAGACAUUUGCUGGACCACGGAGUAAUGAGGAAGUAUGUCAGUAUCAUGCUGGUGUGCCUAUCUUCCAUGAAGGGAUGAAAUAUUGGAGCUGCUGCAAGAGGAAAACGUCAGAUUUUAAUACCUUCUUAUCGCAAGAAGGGUGUGCGAAGGGCUCACAUUUGUGGAUUAAGAAGGAUGACGGUAAAAAGGUUGUUCCGUGUCGGCAUGACUGGCACCAGACAGGUGGAGGCGUCACCAUCUCAAUCUAUGCCAAAAAUUCCAUUCCAGAGCUCAGCUACGUAGAGGCCAAUAGCACCGUGGUCAACAUUCACAUAGUGUUUGAUGGUGAGAAAGAAUUCCAGCAGCAUCUACAGUUAUGGGGGGUUAUUGAUGUCCAAAAAAGUUAUGUGACUUUAACAGCAACAAAGGUGGAAAUUUUCUUGAAAAAGUCAGAGCCAAUGACUUGGGCCCGACUAGAGUUACCUCAGAAAGUUGCACCUCCACCUCAACCUACGGACUCUGAAGAAGUCCAAGAAUGACCUGGGACCAAAAUGGAAUGCUGGCUGGCAGUAGGAAAUGAAGUGUUUUUUUUCCGAAGUGUCUU